CGCAGCGUCGCCCCUCCUCCCGGCCAGCCGCGCUCCUUCCGCCGAAGCCCGUCGGCCGAGGCCUCCCCCGCAACCGCCUCUCCGCCGCGCCGGUUCCGCGCCCUGGCCUGGCCCGAGACAGGCGACCGACCGACGGACUGACUGGCGGGCUGGGACUGGGACUGGGAGCCCCCGGAGACCUCCCCCGCCGGGCCGCCAGCGCGCCGCCUCCUCGCGGGAGCCGGAGGGACCAGCCCGGGGGUGGGUGGGGGGCGCCGCCGGCCUCCGUUGCCACUGCCGGCCUCCGCCUGUGUCCUGCGGGGAUGAUGAGCGGCGGAGGAGGAGGAGGGAAAGCCCGCGAAGGGGCGGCAGGCGAGGCCGCCGCCAUCCUGCUUCGGUACCUCCGGGAGCAGAACCGGCCCCACAGUGCGCAGGACGCCUUCGGGAAUCUGCAGCGGGAGCACGGCCUGGGCAAGACGGCUUUAGUGAAGGCAUUAGAGCAGCUAACUCAACAGGGGAAGAUCAAAGAGAAGGUUUAUGGGAAGCAAAAGAUCUACUUUCCAGACCAGGCAACAGAGCUACUCGAUGCAAUCUUGGAAGGCUAUCCUAAAAGCAAGAAGCAGUUCUUUGAGGAAGUUGGCAUUGAGACUGAUGAAGAUUUCCAUGUUACUUUGCCUCCCAUCUGAAUUAAGGGCUCUUCUGGUACACGAAACAGCAUCCACCUAUUUAGCAUUCAACUUCCAUCUCUGUAUGGUUUUUUUUU